AUGGCAUUUUACUAUGAAUCAGAAGAUUUGAAUUUAAGAAAGAAGUAUAAUAACUUACAAUAUGAUGAAUUAGAAGAAUAAGAUAAAUAGAGUGUUGCAUAUUGUAUUUCUGAAUAAUAGAUGACAACUAAAUAACAUGAAGAAUAAUUACAAUAGGAUUUUGAAAUAAUAAUAAAGGAUAUAAAGAAUAUGUGUGUUUACUUUACAUAAAAAUAUAUAGUUUAAAAUGAAAGUAAUCCUUAAUUACAUAGAUUCCCAUUUAUAAAAGUAAAGAAUAGAGUUUGUCACAUAUUUGAAAAAUACCAAGAAUAAAAUACUUUGUUAGAUUCAAUAUUAGAAUAGAUUUGUGUAAGUUUAAUGGAUGUAGUAAAGGUGUAUGUAUUGAAAUAUGUGAAUAAUAUUGGAUAAAGUAUAUGUGAAGAAUUUCACAAUAUUUGUGAUACAAUAUAUAUCCUAACAAAAGUAAGAGGAAUAAGAACGAUUAGUAGAUAUUGUCCACAUGAAGUAUGUAAUUUGGAACCAGUGGUAAUGUAUUUAUAACAUUGUUCAACUGAUCUUAAUUAGAAUUGGGAAACAAAAUAUGUUAUUUUAAUGUGGUUAAGUAUAAUAGUGUUAGUUCCUUUUGAUUUGAAUUCUAUUGAUUCAUAAAUAUUUAAUGCUAUUUAAGACACUUUUACAUCAAGUAAUACUAUUAUAACCUCAUUAUUAAAUUUGGGAGUUAAUUACUUAAAAUCAUCUACUAAAUUAAGAAACAUGGGUGCUUUGUAUUUAUCUAAGUUGUUUAGUAGAACAGAUAUACUUAAAUGCAAUUUAUUAGAAUAAUUCUUAAAUUGGAGUGUUAAAUAAAUUCAUGAAUUAUAGAAUAAUAUUUUGAAUACUUUUUAUAUUACUGGAAUAUUGGAAACUCUAGUAGAAAUGCUUAAGGUUGUUUAAAGAGAUGUAUUAAAGAACUAUUUAUAUAUCUUGUUACCUUUAUUAGAACUUAAAUAACAAGGAACCUUAAUUAAUCUCUAUCUCACUAAAUUAACUUAAAGAAUUGGUUUAGUAUAUUUAAGACCUAGAGUUGUUAGUUGGACAUAUAAAAAAGGAACAACUAAUUUAUAGCAAACCUUAAAAAUAAUAGAUUAUUCAAGGAUAGUUACAAAUUCUUAAAUAUCUAAAACAUCAUCAUUAUUAUAAUAAUAAUAAUAAUCAAAUAUAUAAUUAGAGGAUGUUGAUUAUUUUGCUGAUGUUGAUUAAGAAGGAUUAGAAGCUGUUGUUGAUACUUUAUUAUAAUAAAUAAUAAAUAAAGAUACAGUAGUUAGAUGGUCAGCAGCAAAAGGAAUAGGUAGAAUUUGUUCUAGAUUGGAUUUGGAUUAAGCAGAUGAUAUUUUUGAUUCAUUAUUAAAUACAUGUUUUACUCCAAUAAAUGGAGAUACUGCUUGGCAUGGUGGUUGUUUAGCUUUAGGUGAAUUAUGCAGAAGAGGAUUAAUUUUGGAAAAUAAAUUAGAGUCAAUAAUUCCGAUAAUAUGCAAAGCAUUAAUAUUUGAAUAGAAUUAAGGAGGUUAUAGUAUUGGAGUAAAUGUGAGAGAUUCAGCAUGUUUUAUAGCAUGGUCAGCUGCAAGAGCAUAUGAUCCUGAGAUAUUAAAAAAUCAUGUUUUAGCAUUAGCAUAACAUUUAGUAAUAGUGAUGAUAUUUGAUAGAGAAGUGAAUGUAAGAAGGGCAGCAUCAAGUACGUUUUAAGAAUUAGUUGGUAGAUGUCCAAAUAUUAUACCACAUGGUAUAAGUAUUUUAACAGAAGCUGAUUAUUUUUCAUUAGCAAUGAUUCAUAAUGCUUAUUUAAGAAUAGCUCCAUUUGUAGCUUCAUUUUCAGAAUAUUAUAAAUAAAUGGUUGAUCAUUUAGCUUUCAUAAAAAUAGCAAGUUAAGAUAAAGAAGUAAGAAAAUUAGCAGCAAAAGGAUUAGGAAGAUUACUUGUCUUAAAUCCAAUAUAUUUUAAAGAGAAUUUAAUUUAUGAAGGAAUAUUAAAAAUGUUAAGAUUAUAAUCAUUGAAUCAAAAACAUGGAGCAUUAUUUGCUUUAGGAGAUUUACUUAUUGCAUAAUCUGGACAUAUAACUAAGAAUUCAGAAGAAAAAGAAUUGAAAGAUUCUGUAUUUCUUCGUACUUUAACUAAAAAUGAUAGAUAAUUAGCUAAAGCUGGAGAACAUAUAACUAUUUUCAAAUCUUAAUAUGAAUAAUUACUUUAAGUAGAUAAUAUGAAUUUACUCUCAUAAGAAAUAAUAGAAGACAUAAUGCAAAUACCUAAAUAAUUAGAAGAUAGUUUAAAAGGAAAGAGUGGAGAAUAAAUUAGAAUUGCUGCAUAUAGAUUGAUUGAAUGUAUUUCUAUAUCUAAAUUACCUUUACAAAUAGAUUAACAUGCAUAUUACUUAAAAUUUAUAGAAGAUGGAUUAAAAAAUCCAUUAGAAGAAAUUCAAACAUCAGCAGCAAAAGCAUUAAAAUUAUUAAGUAAUUAAUAUUAAACACAUGGUUAAUAUUUAUAAGAUGGUAAAGAAUUUCUAAAAAGAGUAAUAAAAUAAUUAAAUCAAAAAACUACAACAGUUUAAGUAUUAAUAUAAGGUGGAUAUGCUUAAAGUGUUGGAUCUUUCUCUCCAUAAGUACUUCAUAAUGAAGAUCUUAGUAUUUUAUAUUAGAUUGGAUUAUCAAAAAAGAGAGCAAAAUUAACAAGUUGGAGUAUUGAUCCUGAUACUAGAAAAUUUGCUAUAAAAUCACUUGGUUAAAGUAUUAUUAAUUAAUUAAACAAUAAUUUUAAUUGCGAUGCUUAACUAUUAUCUGUUAUUGAUUGUUUAUUAUAUGCUAUGUUAGAUUAUACAAUUAAUAAAAAAGGAGAUGUUGGAUUGUUUAUUAGGGAAAAUUCUAUUAUUGCAAUAUAAUCAAUUUUAGUUAGCUACAUAGGUUUUAUAGAUAGAAAUAAUAUUCAAAAUAUUGUUAUUGAUGAAUAAUAUACUAUUAAAAUAAUUGGUUAAUUAUUGCAAUAAUUAUGUGAAAAAAUAGAUAGAGUUAGAUUAUUAGCUGGUAGUGUUUUAUAAGAUUUAUUUAAAUCUGUAUUUCCUAAAUUAAAAUAAUUUGAUAAUUAUGAAGAAAUUUCUGCAAUAUUCUCAACUACUAAUUUAUAAUAAACUAUAAUUAAAGAUUAAGAAAGAGUUGAUUAAACCUUUUAAAGUGAAAUAAUUGAAGCUGAAAUCAAAAACUUAAAAGAUGUUUUAUAAAAUAUUGGUAAAACUGAUUUAAUUUAUCAUUGGAAUCUUCCACAUUGUUGUUAUAGAUUAAUUGUACCCAUUCUUGCAUAUCCAACAUUUUGUAGAUACAUUUUAACAGGAUUAUGUAUAAGUGUAGGAGGAAUUAGUGAAUCUAUUUAAAAAUUUAGUGAAGAAGCUUUAGUUUAAUAUAUUCAUCUAAAUUAAAAUCUUGAUUUAAUCAUGAUUAAUUUAAUUGAAAUACUUAAAUUAUAUGUUUUAGAUGAAAGAGUUGUCAUACCAUUAUUUAAAACAGCUUCACUUGUUUUAUAAAAAGAAGAAAUACAAUAAUUACCUAUGAUUAAGUAAUAUACUGAAAAUCUAUUCUAUUUAAUUUACAAAGAAACACAUAAAACUUAAUCAAUUAACAAAUUAUCUUCAAGUGUCUAACUUAUAAUAGAUAUUUUAUCAAUUAAUACUGAUUUAUUUCAUCAAAUAAUUUAACACAUCUAUGAUAUUUUAACUAGCGAGUAUUUAUUUAAUUUAUUUAUAGUUUACCUAAAGUAAGAAAAUAAUUAGCUGAAGCAUUCUAUUUAUAUUUAUUAUCACAUGAUAAUGAAGAAUUGAUAUCUAUGGACAACAAUUGUUUACUUUAAGAUUAUCUAUUAGAAACUGAUUGGCUAUCAGUAUUUUAUUUAUUUUAUUAUUUAAUAGGAAGAAUUAGAUAAAAAUAUUGAAGAAUGUAGAAACUAAUUGAAAUAAUUAUUGAAUUUAUGAG